AUGGUCGAAAUCCUGCAGCAGAUUCGUGGCCUCAGCGAUGCUCAAAAUGUCGAGAUACCGACCACAUCCGAAAUCAUGGUUUACAACAGCGCAAGAAUCAACUCCGGCCCAGGCGAUCGGCCAUACGAUCCGUAUCCUUCUAGUCCCGAACAUCUGUUUGAUACUGCGGCUCAUAUUGUCGAUUCGAGCAGCGCGGGCAGUAUGUCCCCCUACUCGUUUCCUCGGAGACAGGGUCACGCUCCGUGGAAACCAAGACAACAGCCCCGCUCUCAUAUUGUCGAUUUGGGCAGCGCGGGCAGUAUGUCCCCCUACUCGUUUCCUCGGAGACAGAACUACACUUCGUGGAACCGAAUAGAACAGAUCCACCCUCAUAGUGUCGAUUCGAGUAGCGCGGGCAGUAUGAGUUCCCACACCACAGCUUCAACGCUGCCGACUGUCAUUUCAUUCGACGAGUAUGCGGAGGCCGAUGGAAGUAUCACAAGCCAGACCAUAAAUAAGCGACAGCCCCACGUAGACUACAUAUGCAAUGUCUCCGGAUGCAGCACCCGCAGGCCGAUGUUCGACACCCGCACGCGGAGCGUCAGCACCCAGGGCUUCAGUACCCUCGAAGACCUCAGACGACACAUGCGCAACGCGCACCCUGAUGGCUCCAGCGCAGGUCCGCAAUAG